AUGCUCGAAUUUCGUCUCGCGCAAGACAGGCCAAGCGGAACAAGGGAGGAAGGAAACCGGAACAAGGAGUCAACGGGACAAGGGGAAGGAACCGGACAACGGGGAAAGGAAACCGGACAACGGGGAGACUGGAAGAAAGGGGACAAUCGAACGAGGGUAAAUGAACGGGACAAGGCCGGUCGAAUAGGACAAUGGGGAACUUCCAAGUACACCCGAAGGAAACUUCUAUGGGAUGAGUUGAAGCUAUUCUCCGGAGACAUGAUGUUUAAUAUACUGGAUGAUGGGGAAAAGGAUAAAGAAAUGUGUUCCUCGUUGGACUCUAAAGAGGAAAAAGAGUUAUGUGAAUUACUAUUAAGAAUAUUCUUCUGGAUGGAUGGAUUAAAGCAAAUACCUAGCAAGGAAAAAGUAGGAAGAUUCCCAUGGGUACAAAGAGAAAAGGUGGAAGAGAAGGACACAACAGAACAGGAAGCACUCAAAUCUUACUAUAGAUGUUUACUUGGAAAAGUUACUAUAUUAAACAUGUUAGGUAAGCAUUGUAAAUUAAAGGAAGUAACACCAUUAGUUACGAAGGGUAGGGAUGAAAUGAGGACAACUAUGAACCUUAACGGUGGGAAUAAAUUCUGUAAGGACGUGGAUUUCGGAAGUUUAUAUUUGGGAAAAAAGUUCAUGUGGGAGGAAAUUAAGAAGGGGAUAGAUGAUUUUAAGAGGGAAGACGACAAUGGUGUUGGGUUAUCGAAAGUAGAAAAAGGACAGAGCAAAUUGCACACAAUAAGGAACGAAGGACAAAACAGGAGAAUUUGCCCACAGGACGGGAACCUUGACAAGGAAAUCUUAGAAAAAUUAGAAAUAAAAGUCACCAAGGACGAUAAAGACCUACUGUCUCUAGAGGACGACAAUGACCCUCUCGGGAAGGAACCUUCAGGAGGGAGCAAGGAGUUGGAGGACCUAUUGGUUAAAGCUAAGGAAGCAAAGGAUGCUGGAGGGGGGGACAAAAAUGACACCAACCUUGUGCUGGAGAUAAUGAAAUCAUUGGAGCAAAAAUUCCAACAACGUAUCGCAGAUGUUCAAAGGAAGAAUGCACAACCAACAAGUAAAGAAGGUAAGAAACAUUAUUAA